AGGAGAGAUCAGCUUUCUGUCUGUCAAGGAACUCUAUUGUGUGGGUCACGAGUGGUAAUACCACCUAAACUGCAAAACAGAGUUUUGGAAAAUUUGCAUGAGGGUCACCUAGGCACAGUAAAAAUUAAGAAUCUUGCUAGAAGCUAUGUAUGGUGGCCAGGAAUCGAUGGUCAAAUUGAAACUUUGACAAAAGGGUGUGAAGGAUGUCAAAGAGUUCAAAAUGCACCACCUUUAGCCCCGUUACACCCCUGGGAAUGGCCUUCAUCUCCAUGGCAGCGGGUACAUAUUGACUUUGCUGGUCCAUUCAUGGAUUGUAUGUUUCUUAUUGCAGUGGACGCUCAUUCAAAAUGGCCAGAGGUAAUAAAGAUGAAAUCCACUACUUCUGAGAAAACAAUUGCUGUGCUGCGAACCAUCUUUGCUAGAAAUGGUCUACCAGAGCAAGUGUGCAGUGACAAUGGGCCAAAGUUUGUGUCCAUGGAAUUCAAAAAGUUCAUGCAAGACAAUGGAAUUAAACAUUUUACAUCAGCUCCACACCAUCCAGCCACUAACGGUUUGGCUGAGAGAUUUGUCCAAACAUUCAAAAAAGCUAUCAAGUCCAUGCACCAUGAACAUCUACCUUUGCAACACAAGAUUGAAAACUUCUUGUUUAUAUAUCGUAGGACUGAGCACUCCACUACCGGUCAGCCUCCUGCGGUGCUAUUUAUGCAACGGAACUUACGGUCUCAGUGGGACUUGAUUAAACCUGAUGUAAGGCGGAAGGUACAUAACAAACAGUUUCAAUCAGUUUAUCAGAAACCUACUCGGUUCUUCCACAUUGGCCAAGAGGUUCUGGUCCGUGAUUAUAGAGGAGACAAAUGGCAAGCGGGAAUAGUUUCUUCCAAAUCCGGCCUUCUGAUGUACGUGAUUGAAGUUGGAGGAGAAUUGUGGCUUCGCCACAUUGAUCAAAUCAUUGAGGCUGGGAGGCAAACUGACUUUUCCUGUUCUUCUCCAGUAAAGAAGCAUGCAACACUCCUGUAUCCUGGUAACAUUAAAUACUCUUAUUGA